AUCCAAACAACCUUUUCGAGAUCGCAAAUUUUGGACCGAAAGCCAACCGGAGCAGUCAGUGUUUUAUGACCGCCAUCUGUCCUCAUAAACGGUAGCGCGACAUUUUUUUCUGACAGUCCUUUGCGACAUUCUGAAAGCCAUGGAUUCGGACUCAGACUCAGGCGAGGGAACCAGUGCAGUUCCCCGCGCGAACCGAUUCAAGCAUCAAUCAUACAAGAAAAGCCUGAAGGAGGUCCAUCUGCCAUCUGCUCUUGACCUCACCAAGUUCGAUCAUGAUAUUUCGGACAACGAAUCCCAUUUUUAUCUAGCUCUUCAACAAUGGCGGCAGCUCAAUCUCUCCCCAGCGUUUAUUCAGUUCGCGAACAAGGUUGACUCGCUUUCAAUAUCUAUGCCCAUACUCUUGCAUAACUGGAAGGAUAUCGUUGACUUGUGGAAAAGUGCCUUGGAUGCAUCAGACAAUGAAGCUUUGAUAGCUCUGCUUGACCUCCUGAAUAAGUUGGCUCACGAUCUACGAACCACACUUGCUCCGUCAUAUGCGGAUUUACUAGAGGUCCUCUUGCGACUUCUGCCACAACCCAUAUCAGCACCCUCCCUUACAGCUCUCCUGGCGACACUCUCAGGACUAUUCAGGUAUCUUCUCGUACCGUCAAUCAAUCUCGAUCUUUUGGACCAGACGUGGUCUUCUUUUCGCGCGGUGCUUCCAACGUGCAAUUCUGAUGUCCAGCGCGCCGCAGCCGAGGUUUGGGGUUCCGUACUCCGGCGGCUGAAGAGCGUUGCGAGGGAGAGAGCUGUAAUUUUGAUGGCAAAGAAUUUGGAAGGCGUCGAGGAUGCCAGCGCUUGGAUGAUGAUCUUUGCAUGCAAAUCUGUUUCCCAAACCUUGCACACCAGUGCAGGAUCAUCGAUAGCUUCUCUCAUUGACUGCCACCUGACAAGUGAUCGCCCUGAAUUGUCGUAUACACUCCUUCGGCGUGUGCUGACCGCCUUAAUUCACCACUGCAAUGGCCCGGAAGACUUUUCGGUUGUUGCGAGCCUCAUCGUUGAUCGCUUCUGUGCCGUAUCGCAGACUGGUGGCGCGAAUCACCAAGAUCUUCAACGUGUCAUGCAAAUUACGUCUGUCAUAUGUGCAGUUCAUCAAGGAUCGCGACUGUCUACAAACCAUCUAACACAACUUGCCUCAAGACUGGCGUCGCUGCCGCUUGAUGUACCUCUGCAUUCCGAAAUUUUGAAUUUUACGUCUUCACUUCUCACUGCUGGUGACAUGUCAAUGUCCACAGGGCCAGGACGUGCAUUUGUCGCUCGGGCUCUUGGUGUUCCUUCCUUCGGCUUGAUGCUCUGCGGUGUCCUUGCGGAGCUAGGAUGGGGUGGUUGGAAGCUUGUUGGACUACCCGCCCUUCUCAAAGCAACCCCUACUCUCCUUCAGGCAGAGCACACUCUCACGUUGCGUCUUCUCGCAUCUCUGCAACAUUCAGGAAAGUUGGGCGAGGUCGAUAUCGUCUGGAAGCGAAGCGUCGAUCGGUGGAUACAAACCCACUUAUCUAGCUGGGAAAUUAGUGAUGAGUCGGUGGAUCACUUGUACGACAUCAUAAGUCUCUCCAUAUUCGUCGACUCACUGGCGCCCUUAUUGGUGCCCAUCAUUGAACGCGCACUAAACACGCCGACACCCGAGGCGAAUUGGCAAGCAUCACAUGCCAAUGCGGCCUGGGUGAUCGGAACAUGCAUGCAAGCUUUGUCUCGAUGCAAAUCAGCUUCCUGGGAAACGCAAGUGGAUUUGUCGGCCUGGACGGCAGAGAUCGUGGAGCAUUGGUCGUGGUCUGAUAAAGUAUUGAUAGGUCUAGUCGCACUUCUCGAAGCAUGCCCUUCUUCAUCUCAAUCUCUUCCAAUCGCCCAAUUAUAUUCCCGUCUGCAAUCACGGCUACUUUCCCCUUCUCGAACAUUGCGUUCAAAUGUCUUGGCAUUAUUGACAUCGAAGAUGGUUAAAUCUUCUCCCGCAGAACACGAAGCGCUGAAGCGCUGUCUGCAGGGUGACGAAGUGUCCCUUGACAUGCAUGGCGUGCGCGAGCGCGUUCUUCGAAUAGGCAGAUUAUACCAGGUCGUGAGAGAUGAUGGUUCACUUUCCGCUGAUAUCUGUAUUCGCUGGCUUGUUUCUCAACUGAAGGUCAACUUACGACCGAUAUGGUCCCCAGCGUCACAAGCUCUCUCUUCCUUAGCCCAGAAGUUUGGCGAUGUCGUCUGGAAUAUCAUAUUCUCGGAGCUACAACGACCCCAGGGAGCCAAUCAAAUUCCUGACUGGCUGACUGCUACCAAGGAUGGUCAGAAUGUCAUGGAUCCCUGGGAAGAAGAGCGAUCUUGGAGGGACCCCACCGCACAUCGGGUUCGGGGUGCUGCUGUAAGCUGGCUAGAUACAUUUCACCACCGCAAAAUCAUCGUUUCGGAACAAAAAUCGUCCGAUCGGUUUGAUCCCGUCACGUUCGAAGCUCAGAUCCUCCUCACUCUCGGACAAUGUACAUCUUUGGCGGAAAAACAUAACCGCGAGUUGGUGACAUACUUCAUUUCAAUCGCAAGUCCGGAUGCUCUAUCACGAUUGCCGAAAUAUAAGCUUCAGGCGUGGUUGACGCUGUUCAGCAAGUUUAGCAAUCCCAAGGCUCUGCACUCCACAGAUACACUGCGAGAACUGUACCUCUCCCUCCUAUCCCAUCCCGAUCGGGAACUGCAAAAGGUAUCCUUAUCCUGUCUGCUCGCGUACAAGUCGCCCCACCUCCAGCAUCACCAAGCGAAGUUAGGAUUACUCCUCGACGAAACAAAAUGGAGAGACGAGUUGACAUCUUUGCAUAUGUCAUCGAUAGAGAUCAAAGACCGGCCUCAAGUAGUGGAUAUCAUCGUCCGUCUGUUAUAUGGCCUUAUGUUGGAAAAGAAGGGUCGCUCUAGAGGCAGUGAUCGUCGAGCUGCCGUGCUGACAGCACUCGCAGGAUGCACAGACGAGGAGCUCUAUCUUCUAGUGGAUCUGAUGUUGAAACCCAUGCAAGCGGACAGCCAUGCUCACCAGGACAACUUCUUCUCGCUGCGCCCUAUUUCCUCAGACAUCCCGUUAAAGCAGCAGUCUGGUUACCUGACUUUGUUGGGUGACGUGCUGAAGAACCUUGGAUCGAGAUUAACCACAUAUUGGCCGGCUUUACUCGGGACCACACUCGAUAUAGUUGCUAACGCUCAGAAUCAUUUGUCGAAUGUGACGGCAGUCGAUGCGGAUGGGCAGGUGGAAGAUGAAGCAAACGAGGAGGAGAGCGAAUCCGGAGAGGUAUCCAAUUCCAGAGUUUUGCGUUAUUUGAGGCAGCAAGGCCUCAAGCGGCUUGCCGAAUUUUUCCGCUGCCCAGUCGAAUUUGACUUCACGACCUAUCUCUCCGCAUCAUUUCCCGCUAUUGUGACUCCACGUCUGGAGUUAUUGGAUCAAGAAAAUACUCAAGCCCCUUCCGCGCUCCUGGAAUUGUUCUAUGUUUGGACCAAUCAGCCAGAAUAUUCGGUCCACCUCGUACAACACGACUCCCGUGUACUGCCGAAGGUUCUCGACUGCCUCGUGGCGGUUAACGUCAAACCAGCAGUGAUCAACAGAGUCUUCGACAUCGUAGAGCGCCUGCUGUCGUAUUCCGCGGAUGACAGUAAAUUUUUGGGUCUGCUUGUUCAGCCACAUAUAUCGCAGUUGCUCAAGAACCUCACAACUUUGGUCGAACGCACGAAGGCUGAUACAGCACUUUCAAGUCCAAUCACACAACGUCAAAUCAGCAUACUUUCGGAGGUCGCUCGCUACGCUGAAGAUUCUACGCAGGCUUUGACUCUUCUCGGCCUUCUCUCCCCUUUGCUACGCAAAUCCAGCAGAAUCAUCUCUGAGAAAAUCAAAGUCAAACUUCUUAGCACCCUCGGCCAUAUAUUCCCUCUCCUAACUGAGCUGUCAGAUUCCUCCUCCGUCGAAUUCUCGAAGGCAUAUGAACUUCUUUCGCAGCUCUUUAUGUCACUUCGCUUUACCGCCUCUCGACUCGCCCUCACUUCAGCAUUCAAUAAGCUCUCAGCGAUUAAUCCAAGUAUUCAAGAGCUUGCAAGCCUGCUUGAAUCACUUAAUGCUUGCUCAUCGAAGCGGAUUGAUGAACCUGACUUUAAUCGUCGGUUGACUGCGUUCAUGAUGCUCAAUGAGCAGAAGUACGCUACGUUAUCAUCUCGUGAAUGGCUUCCUGUCCUUUCGAAUGCGCUUUAUUUUGUGCAGGACGCCGACGAGCUGGCCAUUCGCAAUAACGCCGCUUUCACAAUCAGACGCUUCAUCGACCUUACAUGCGACCCAUCAAAUUCAGAAUUCGAAGCACUUCUCAUGCGAACUACCCUUCCGGCAUUGAAGAACGCCUUGAAAUCCAAGCACGAGCUUGUCCGUGCAGAGUCGCUUGGUGUUAUUUCGUACGCAGUAUCAAAAUGUGACAGAAUCCCCUCCCUGCAGGAGAUGCGUCCGCUCCUUGCUGGUGGUGACGAGGAAGCUAGUUUCUUCAGCAAUAUUCAUCACAUACAGAUUCAUCGUCGCACGAGAGCUUUGAGACGCCUUGCGGAGUACUGUGACGAGGGGGCCAUGCGCAACAGAACCUUAGUUGAGGUCUUCCUUCCGCUCGUUGAGCAUUACAUUGUCCCAACAGCAUCGCUCGAUCAUCUCCUUGUCUCAGAAGCGAUCAAUUCUAUUGGGCGCAUUGCGAAACAGCUUGGGUGGAGUGCAUACUCGGCCCUCGUGUACAAGUAUAUCCGGGCGUCAAAAGACAAGAGUGAAGGCGUCCGGGUUUACGUUCGUGCUUUGGUUGCGAUUCUUGAAAACUUCCACUUUUCCGUCGAAGAAGCUGUGCAGCAAGUUGACGCGUCCGCAGAUGACAUUGCGAAUAGCGACCACGAGGAGUCGGUAGAGGAAUCGCUGCCAAUUCCACCAGCUGAUAAACAGGACACCAAAAAAAUCGCUGACGCUGUCCAUACCCGUCUUCUACCUUCGCUUUUGGCUUACCUGUCUAAUCGCGACGAGACAGAGGAUUCCCUUCGCAUUCCGAUAUCCAUGGGUAUUGCUAAGGUCGCCUUGCAUUUACCCUCUGCCUCCAGAGAUCUACAAGUAGGCAGGCUCCUAACGGUCCUCAGUCAGAUAUUGCGUAGCAAGUCACAAGAUACUCGUGACCUUGUGCGAGAUACGAUUUGCAGGAUAGCUGUCGCACUUGGUUCCCCGUAUCUACCCAUUCUGUUUCGGGAGCUCCGUGCAGCACUCCUGCGUGGACCGCAACUACAUGUUCUAGCAUUUGUAUUCCAUGCAGUGCUUACCCAUGUCACAUCUGCGCAGGGCAGCAAUGAUCCUGCUGUUCAAGAUCUGGAUAACUGUGUCGCUGAUAUUGCCCAUGUCUCUGCUGAAGUGGUUUUCGGAGAAUCAGGAAAGGAUGUCCAACACGAAGACUUCCGGACGAAAAUGCGUGAAGUACGCAGUAGCUCUUCCAAGGGAUUCGAUUGUUUCGGGUUGGCUGCUCGAUAUGUUUCUCCCAAACGCAUUAGUGCGCUCCUCCUACCGCUGCGCUCUAUCAUCGCAGAAACGGGUUCCUUGAAGAUCCUGCAGCAGGUUGACGAAGUUCUCAGACGUGUUGCCAGUGGACUCAAUAGCAAUGCAAGGCUCACACCUGCUGAAUUGUUGAUUCUGUGCCACACCCUGAUCAGUCAAAAUGCCAAAUUCUUGCAGGAAGCUCCCAAGCCCAAAGCUAGCAAGACUAUCAAAAAAGCUGAUGCUAUCGUCCAGCGACAACGCCAAAUCGUCGUGAACACUGAUCAUUAUACAAAUAAUUCUUUCCGUUUUGUCGUCUUCGGUUUGGAGCUCUUUAAUACUGCAUUCCGACGCUCUCGAUUUGACUUUCAGGACAAGCAGAUCAUCAAUCGUUUAGACCCGCUUGUAAAGCUCAUCGGAAAUGCUCUUUAUUCAUCCUCAGAACCGGUCCUUAUUGCUUCUUUCAAGGCAUCGGCUAGCAUUCUUCAAUGUCCACUCAAGUCAGUUUCAUCGUCUGCACCAGUCAUCGCCCGUCAAAUACUGGCCAUCGUCCGUUCUACUGGUAGUGGAGAGUCCGAAAUUGCUCAGGCCGGUCUCAAGGCUCUGGCGAGUAUACUACGAGAGUGCGAGGGCGCUCAGGUCAAAGAGAAAGAUCUACUCUUCUUGAUUGAAUUGGUUUCACCCUACCUCGAGGACUUCGACAGGCAGAGCACCGUUUUUGCGUUACUGAGAGCUAUUGUGGCACGACGGUUGAUUGUACCUGAGCUUUACGACGUUAUGGCUGACGUAUCCGCUAUCUUGGUCACGUCACAAGCGACACAGACUCGCGAGUCCGCUCGAUCCCUUCUUCUUCAGUUUCUCCUCGACUAUCCUCAAGGCUCUGGAAGACUGCAGACCACCCUCGGUUUCUUUGCCCGAAAUCUUUCGUAUGAACAUGCGUCAGGACGUUCAAGUGUUCUCGAACUCUUAGGUGCGCUUGUGAACAAGUUCGACUCUGCAUUGCUGGCAAAACACGCGGAGAUGAUCUUCGUUGCCCUUGUACUCUGUCUUGCCAACGACGAGGAUAAGUCUUGCAGAGAAGCUUCCGCAUCAGUCCUUCAAAGCUUGAUCAAGAGGUUGGGAGAGGACGAGAGAAAAGUACUUGUUGGUCAUCUGCACGCGUGGGCCAGUCAACAAGGGCAAGCAAAACUUAGGGCGGUUGCGGUGCAGGUAUACGGGCUCAUCAUCGACGCUUUACAGCGAGAAGCUUCUCCGCAUGCCGCUGCCCUGUUCGCCGAUGUUCAAGAGAUCUUGGACGACAGCAUUCAGUCGCUGACCCUGUUGGAUGACGAUGGCGAUGGAAAAGACAUGGAUGUUGACGUGGAAUGGCAACCGCCGUACCAGGCAAUGCUUGCUGUCUCGAAGCUCUUGCAGACCUUGCCUGAGCAUACGCUUGAUGCGAUAAAAACCACCCAGGAUAAACUCGUCCCAUACCUCCUCUUUCCACACGCUUGGGUACGCUCAGCAGCUUGUCGGCUGUUGGGCGUGUUCUUCGCAUUUUACGGCCCUACCCCCACUCUCGAGAAUUCGCACCUUACCCUCCAGUUGAUGAAAGAUAUUGCAGAGAAGCUAUGCACACAGUUGAAGAGCUCCAAUCUCGACGCACCUCUUGGUCUACAGAUUGUGAAGAACCUUUUCUUCGUAGGAAAAUUAUUCUGCACUGUCCCCUCUUCCUCGCCAUCCGGGAGUAAUACCAACCACACAGCUGAGACAGACUCGGAUGGUGGUGAGAGCGAUGACUCCGCUGAACAAUCAAAACCUACGCAAAUGAGCCGAGAAAAAAGCUCUCAGGAUCCCCUACCUUGGCUCUUCUCCAAGCUGUCGUAUCAAGCUCGCUCAGCCCACAUCGCGCGGCGGAACCGCGGCAAUGCCCCUAAUCAAACAACCUGGUCGUUGGCUCCCUUGUCCAUUCUGCGCUUCUUUGCUGCCAUGGCGUCUCACAUGGAGGCCACUCAACUUGAGCGGUUCUUGACGCACAUACUUACACCUGUUUAUCGGAUAACGGAGGACGAUACAAUCCGGGAUGCCGGAAUGGAGGUGCUGAAAGUUACGGCCACCGAACUUCUUGACUUGCUUCAAAACAAAGUUGGCACGACGGUUUUUGCCAAUACGUACAACCGCAUCAGGCAGGGAGCAUCUAGCAUCCAGCAAGAAAGACGAGUAGCGCGGGCCACGAAGGCGACCACCAACCCAGAAGCUGCUGCCAAACGGAAAUUGGCUCGAAAUGUAGGCAAGAAGGAAAGCCGGAAGAGAAAGAAUCGUACCUUUGCUGACAGCAGAGGGAGGCUGAAGAGACAAAAAGAGGGAGAAUAGCAUCACUCAUCCGAAUCGUCAAUAAUUUAUUUUACAUUUCUUACAUUGUUGCUUAUAACACUCAAUUACGUUGCUUGUUCUUUCUUUCUACCUGUUCUUGGCAACCAGAAGCCGCAGUUCACUUGAUUGAUGUCGGUGAUGUGGAAUAAGAUCGGCCUGGAUGUUGUUCAGACAUAGGUCCUAUCAUUUCAGGAACAAAUCAGAAGCGUGAUUUUACCCAUUAUAAUAGAU